UUGAUUUUUUUCCCCCUUCUUCCAUCCCAACCCUCUUUUCCUCCACAGUUUGUAAAAUGUGGCUAUGCCGGGUCCAACUUCCCCGAGCACAUCUUUCCAGCUCUGGUGGGACGUCCCAUCAUCCGCUCCACGGCCAAAGUUGGUAACAUUGAGAUCAAGGACCUAAUGGUAGGCGAUGAGGCCAGCGAGCUGCGUUCAAUGCUGGAGGUGAAUUAUCCCAUGGAAAACGGGAUUGUACGCAACUGGGAGGACAUGAAGUAUCUGUGGGACUACACGUUCGGGCCCGAGAAACUCAACGUCGAGCCACAAAACUGCAAGAUCCUGCUCACCGAGCCCCCCAUGAACCCCACCAAAAACCGAGAAAAAGUCAUCGAGGUGAUGUUUGAGACCUACCAGUUUGAAGGCGUCUACAUCGCGAUCCAGGCGGUGCUGACCCUUUACGCCCAAGGCCUUCUCACUGGCGUCGUGGUGGACUCGGGCGAUGGGGUCACCCACAUCUGCCCCGUCUACGAGGGUUUCUCCUUGCCCCACCUCACCCGCCGACUGGACAUAGCUGGGCGCGACAUCACGCGCUACCUCAUCAAGCUCUUGCUGUUACGUGGUUAUGCCUUCAACCACUCAGCCGACUUUGAGACCGUGCGAAUGAUGAAGGAGAAGUUGUGUUACGUGGGCUACAACAUCGAGCAGGAGCAGAAACUAGCCCAGGAGACCACGAUCCUUGUGGAGUCUUACACGCUCCCAGAUGGGCGUGUGAUCAAAGUCGGGGGCGAGCGCUUUGAGGCCCCAGAAGCCUUGUUCCAGCCUCAUCUCAUCAACGUGGAAGGCGUAGGCGUGGCUGAGCUCCUUUUCAACACCAUCCAGGCAGCCGACAUCGACACCCGGGCUGAGUUUUACAAACAUAUCGUCCUUUCGGGAGGCUCGACCAUGUACCCAGGACUGCCGUCCCGCCUGGAGCGUGAAAUCAAACAGCUGUACCUGGAACGGGUGCUGAAGGGGGACGUGGAAAAGCUGUCGAAAUUCAAGAUUCGCAUCGAGGACCCGCCGCGCCGGAAGCACAUGGUCUUCUUAGGUGGAGCUGUUCUCGCCGAUAUCAUGAAAGACAAAGACAGCUUUUGGCUCCAACGGUCAGAAUAUCUGGAGAAGGGGACCCGGAUCUUGGAGAAGCUGGGCGUGAUGACGCGAUAAGCCCCCCCCCCUAUUCUGUUUUCCUUUCUUCUUGCCUUUACGCGAUACCUCCACGCUACCCUAUUUCCUCUCCUUGCAUCUUCUUGUUUAAUGGGCACAACGCAGGGCGAUUGUUUUUUUUUUUAAAAAGAGUGCGUGCUUGUGUAUCUCGGCAGGGGGGUUAGCAAAAGAUCUCUUUUUCCAUUUUGAAAGAAAAUAAUAAUAAUAGUCGGAGAGGGUUGCCCGUGCAUUUUAUCCCCGGCUUAAUUACAAUUUAAGAAAAGAUCGCUGUGUUCGUCUGUGAAAGCAGAUAAGGCCAAAUACUCUGCUUUGUUCCUCGCAAAAGGCUAUUCCUCAUAAAGUUGGUAUCCAAAACGCUCUUCCCCGUGGGGGAGCAGUGGUUUCGACCUCGGUCCCUGCUCUCUUCUUGUAACUGGAAUUAAAUUAAAUUCCAGUUACCUUUGACCUGCUCCAAAGGUAACUGGAAUGGGCAGCUUCCAGCCCGCCAGAGGGGGCUGGACUACAACUCCCAUCUUUCCUCGCCUGUCGGGCCUUGCCGUUUGGCAGCCGCUGGGUGGCUUCCCUAAAAGGCUUCCGAAAUCCACAUAAAAUAUAUGUUUAGGCUCAGGGAGUUCCUUCCUUCCUGCCUUCCUUCUCCUUUAACCAAAAAAAGAAGCAAGUUAGCACAAAAUAUCACACAGUAUUGUGCACAAAACAGCUCAGGGACAGGCAGGACAGGGAUGGAGAAAAACGCCACUCUGAACUUCCUAAAAGUCACCCCCCCAAAAAAAUAGUCUUCGGUUUCAGGGCCGGCUCUCGGGCAGGGAGAGGGCAUGAUUUUUUUCACAUCCUUCCAGCUGAAAAAACAAACCAAAAAUUCACUCUGCCUCCCUUUUCACCCGGGGUGGUCCCUGGGAAGCUGGUCCUUGAAUGCAAAAAUGCAGAAUUGCCCCCCCCCCCCGCCUAGGUAGCCUCACGGCUUCUACCUUGGGCUGAAAGGAUUUGGAAAUGGUGGCCCAGCAGAGAAACACCAGGGGCAAAAGCCCUUGCUGUUCCCCUCCGGGACUUGGCGCCUGUAUAUCUCUGCGGUGGCCCCAGCGCCCUCGGGCUUGUCGUUUGGCGAGCUGAACGCCCACCCCACCUUGCUGCAAAAAUUAAAAUGGGGUUCCGUGCUAGCAGAAGCAGAGCGGGGCCCUUCCCUUCCACGGUCCGGCGGCUAAAGAGAAACCCUGUGCGGAAUGGACGGGAAGCUCUCCCUGUUGAAUUGACGGGCGGCGUGCUUCGGUUGUCAAAAAGUCCCUGUUCUUGUACUGAAGGCUGUGUUUGUGUGUGUGUGUGUGUGCA